AUGGCCUUCCCGUGGAUAUACCCCGUCCGAGCCGUGCAAGCACUCUUUGGCGUGAUCGUGAUUGGCUUGACAGGAUAUGUGGUGUCAACCUUCUACAAUGGAUGGUCAUUCGAUACCGUCAACUUCCUCCUCUUCCUCGGUUGCUGGACUGCCUUUGUGGCAGUGCCCUACCUCGCCCUUUCACCAAUAUGGUUCCCUCGCCUUGCACACCAUUAUGCGAUUCCUGCCGUUGAAGUGAUCACCAUGAUCUUCUGGUUUGCCGGGUUUAUCGCUAUGGGGGCGAUGUUACCCCCGCCGAGACGGUGUCAUGGGAGUGCAUGCAGCUCGCUCCAGGCAGCAACGGUAUUUGGGGCUUUUGAAUGGGUACUUUUUGCAGUCACGAGCUAUUUCGGUAUUGUCGAUCUUAAGCACCACCGUCGCGGUGGAGAAGCAAAGCCACAUUCGAAUGUGAAUAUCGGGGUCUGA